UUUUCUCUCUUGACAUCAGUGUGAACCCUCCAGAAGCCCCUUUGAUCCAGAAUGGCAGGCAACCUCUGUCCAAGAACCCUAAGCCAUCCUCAGAAACUAGCACUGUGUUGAUGUCAGACGGUGUGUUGUCCCUGGCUGUGAAGGAACUCAUCGAGGAAUCCAAGAAGUCUCUGGAGGAGAGGGAGAAUGCAGGUGUUGACCCCACGCUCACUAUCCCCAUGAUCCAGAAAGGAUGUACUCCCAGUGGGAAAGGAUCAGACAGCGAACCUCAGGCUGAGACAGUGCCAGAGGAAGCCAACUAUGAGGCAGUCCCUGUGGAGGCCUAUGGGCUGGCCAUGUUGCAGGGCAUGGGAUGGAAACCUGACAAAGGCAUCGGCAAUACUUUCAGUCAGGUAGUGAAGCCCCGAGUCAACUCUACAAGGCCGAAGGGCUUAGGGCUGGGUGCCAACCUGAUGGAGGCUCAGGCCUUGACCUCCACUGGCUCUCACCACCCACCAGGAUCAGAUGGGGAUCUUGAGAAAGAUAAGGAAGACCAACCUCAAGGACUGAUACAUGGAGGAGCUGUGGUUGUCCUUUCUGGCCCCUACCGGGGCCUCUAUGGGAAGGUAGAAGGCCUAGAUCCUGACAAUGUACGGGCCAUUGUUCAGUUGGCAGUGAGCAACCGAAUUGUGUAUGUCAGUGAAUAUUGCCUGCGGCCUGUUUCCCAGCAGGAGUUUGAUAGCCACACCUCGAAGCCAGGCCACAUGAGCAAAACUUCCACAGAGCAGCAGAACAGGGUAACUGGAACAGCCUCAUCAUUGAAGGCCCUACAGAAUCAGGAAGACUCAAGGAGGAGGCAGAAGCAGAAACAUUCUCCCAAUCGACAGGAUGGGCCUGUGCCCAAGACUGAGAAAGCAGCCCCUAGAAAUGAGCACUGGUUGCACAGGGACCUACGUGUGCGGUUCACUGACAAACUACACAAGGGUGGCCGUUAUUAUAACACCAAGAUGACAAUUGAAGAUGUCCUGAGCCCAGACAUGUGUGUGUGUCGGACAGAUGAAGGCCGAGUUCUGGAAGGUGUGAGAGAAGACAUGCUGGAGACCCUGAUUCCCAAGGGAGAAGGCCACCGUGUGAUGGUAGUGCUGGGACCACAUGCUGGAAAGGUGGGACUUCUUCUGAGACGGGACAGAGCACAGAGUCACGCUUUGGUCCAACUUGGAAGAGAGAAUCGGGUAGUGGAGCUCCACUAUGAUGCCAUCUGCCAGUACAUGGGCCCCGGUAACUCAGAUGAAGACUGACACGUGGACCACUGCCCAUCAUCACUCAGGCUGUCACUACUUUUGUUGCAGUCUAUAACAGAUGCCAGGAAGAAGAUGGGAGAUAAUUGUUCUGUCCUCCUUUGAGAUGCAAGGAUGCAGAUAGAGCAGGAUUGUUUACCAAAAUUAGAGUGUAAUAAAAACCAUAAUAAAUAGUGGAAGGAUGAAAGCAAAACCAGUAUGUAAAUUCUAAAUUUGGGUGGGAACUGAGGUAACCAAAGUGGAAAUACUUCAUUUCUUGGCUUCAUUUCCCAGCUGAGGGUUCAGGACAAGUUAAAUUACCCAUUCAAUACAUAGCUCACCCUUGGCACAUAAAAACUAUGAAGUCUGUCCCCAGACAAACACUAUAGAAUCUGCAAUGCUGCAUCGCAGAACAACUUCCUGAGUUUGGGUCAAACUCAAACUUCAAAGGCCCAUUUUUUUUUAAAGAUUUAUUGUAUUGUAUUGUUGUUGUUUUAUGUGUGUGUAAGAGAGAAAGAAAGAGUAUGUGAUCGUGAAUACAAAUGCUUCCAGAGAGAGAAUAUGUAAUUGUAAAUACAAAUGU